UGAGGUCUCGUUUCUGCAAAUGAGUUCGUUUUGCGGGAUUCAGAAGCAGGCCGGGAUAAUUGCUUCCGAAAUGAUGAAGUGACGUUUCCUCUCGGAAGUAUAUCAAUGGGUCGCGAUGGGUCGAUCCCCAAGGGCAUAUUUCAUCGAAACCACACUUCUGUCUAUACCCCGAAGGUCAUAUCGGUCAUCGAUCCUGAUAACGUACCAUUUACGGCCGAUACCACAGCGAUGGAAUCGCUUUUACCCUCUCGGGCCAACCUAGGCCCGCCCCGAUCCCCAUCCUCCUCCUCUUCGUCGACCGUGAAGUUCCCACACACUCGAGCCCGGGCGACCUCGCAGUCGGACACUAGCACUACCAAGGGAAUCAAUGGAGCGAGCAAGUUGUCCAUUACUAGUGGACCUCGAAAGGGUCGAAGAGCAGGGAUGGAAAGCUUGGACAGUGGAGAUGUAGAUACCGGUUCAGGUUCCGGGUCUGGGUCAGGCGUCGGGACGGGGUUGGGUGCAUAUGGACGACCGGAAGCAGGAGCAGGAAGGUUGUUUCACGACGAUACCUCCCUUCCAGGUUCACGUUCGACCACCCCGACUCCAACACCUCGAGGAAAUAGAAGUAGCAUUAUCAACAGAACAGAAGAGAACAACAAGCCUACGAGCUCGUCCCUUCCCACCUCUUCUCACCUUCACGAUCACGCCAGCACUUUACACUCAAAGUCGAUUUCAAACUCUCCGGCUGGGCACCUUCAAGUCCCCUCCGCCUUUCCGCUCCGUCGACCUCGUGCAUCAGCGAAUCAGGAUGUAACCUAUCGUGCUGGAUCACGUCGAUCAUCCACGAGCCACAUCGACACGACUGUCUCCGUAACGCCGGCUGAGCCCAGCGGGGAAGGGAUCAGCCCUCGAUGGUGGAACGGGAGGACGACGAGUUACUCUCCGUCUCCUAUUCCGACACCAGGACGGACCUCUUCUCCGGUUCCUUUGGCAGCCUCCCAAUCAAAUACGCAAUUGCAAGGUCGAGAUCAAGUACAAGGUUUGGGUACAGGUCAGGCUCGGCCCUUACCGCCGUCGCGGACCGUGUCGAAUGCGUUCCAUCCCCAAGGGGUGUCAGGCAGGUCUUCUCCCAGCUUUGGAGUCGGUCAGACAAACAAUAAUGGGAUAUCGGGAGCGCAAGGACAGGCUUUUCACAGCUCACCGGCGACUUAUGGACCAGCAAGCUCCAGCGGGAACGGCCCGUAUGAGCAUUUCGAUACCUCGACCUUUGACGCUCGGAGGCAUCCGUUCCCUCCACCACCAUCUCGAACACAAUCGCAGUCGCAGGUACACUCGAUGUCUUUCGCUACUUCCUCUUCGACCCGCGACGUUGCAACAAUGGACGAUAGCCCACUCGAAUCGGGAGCGCACGGACGUCGGUCGGACAGAGUGAGCAGGAUCUCAGAGGCCUUCGAGCCGGAUUCACCUCGUGCUCAAGGGAAGGGUCGGAGGCGAAGCAGUGCCGCCGUAGAGCAAGACGAGAGGGAGGAAGAGGCAGCUUGGGACGUCUUUCGGGAAGUUCAGAUGGAAAGGGAACGGAUUGUGAAGCCCCGUACUGUGUCUCACCUCAUCCCGCCCUUAACAUCCUCCUUGACGUCGCUCUCCUUGUCCUUGACCACGCGUCAACGGUCAAUUCAACAUACACUACAAGAGUUCAAGUCGAUUGCGGAGAGGUUUGAAAUGCUAGAUGACGAGGUGGUGGAUGGGAUCUUGAAUGCGUUGGGGAACGAGGAGGAAAUCGACAAGGCUCAAAAGGAGGGAAAUACACGUGGGUCUACAGUCGAAACGACCUCCAAUCUUCUGGAUCGACCCUCUUCUAGAGUAACACAUGACACGCCAACAUCAAAUCCAUCAUCUCCCUCGGCAAUAUCCAUCACCUCCGCUCCAUCCACGUCCGAACCUCCUCCGAACGCGCAUACCAACCUGUCGACCUUUUUACGUACCAUCUCCCAGACCUGUUCGGCUGUCGAUUCGCUGGAACACACGUUGAAGGAAAAGGAAGGUGCGAUGCACGGGGUGGAGGAGGAUCUAGAGAGGUUGGUACCUCAGAUCCUAUCUGAACUCGAUCGUCGGAUCGCUGACCGGCAAGCCUCGAUCGAGAGAAUUCAAGCGGAACGUGUCAAGCGGGAACGUAUACUCUUCAUCUCCUCGAUCGUAGCUUCGAUUUUGAUCUGUAUACUCGCCAUAGGGGUUGGGUGGUGGUACUCUACCCGGUAGGUGUGACGGCAUGAAUCACGUGAUCUACGUGAUUUGCCUCCGGCGGGUCGGGGGCAAUGACCGUUCGGUUAUCGACGUGCGUUUUGGGAUCCGGGCAGGCGCGGCCGAGGGGAGGAUGGGGUCGUCAAUGCAUCGAUGUCGAUGACGGUCAUGGUGAUGAUCAUGGUCAUGGUUGGCGACCAAGCGACCAACGGAUACGGGGGGGUGGACAUGGGAAGAAGGGGGUGGAUGGAUCUACUCCGGGAAUAGGAAAUGUCCGGGUGUUGUGUGCUUGUCGGGGUCUCCGUGGGACCGUUGUAUAUAAGACCAGUGUCCCCUUUGUUGACGGUCGCCGCUCUCUCGUAUUUACCGGU